UCCUCCCCUUUGGCCACGCCCCCGUACAAACCACGCCCUCUAUGCGCUCUAUUGCCUUAUAUGGCUCUUUAACCCCGCCCACAACAGGCGGAGCUUCCCUCAAGCUCCUCCCAUGCCGCUAAACCCCUCCCGUCGCCGCUCUCUGACGUCACCACCGCGCGACGCGCUGCGCGCAAGGCCCCGGCGCGGCGCUGCCGGUGGGGCUGCCCGCGGCGCUGCCUGGCCCGGUUCGCUCCCGGUUCUGGCCCGGUUCCUCUCGGUUCGCUUCCGGUUCUGGCGCGGUUCUCUCCCGGUGGGGCUGCCCGCGGCGCUGCCUGGCCCGGUUCGGUCGCGGUCCCGGUUGUGUCCCGGUUCCCCGCAGGUCCCGGCCCGGUCCCGGUUCCGUGAUGUCGCUCUGGUCCCGGUGCCCGUUGGUCGAGGACAGUUUCAGCCGCCUGGGCUCGCAGAGCAACGUGUACGGGCUGGCGGCGCUGCCCGCCGGGGCGCUGCUGGCGGCGGCGCUCAAGGGCAAGGUGCUGCUGUUCCGGUACCGGCAGCUGCGGCCGCGCCUGCGGCCCCUGGCCCGAGAGCUGCAGUUCACCUACAUCCCCG